GGGUUGAUUCACUGCCUGAUUCCUUCCCAUGUUCAGUCACAAAACACACCAUCUUGAAAUUUCCAUCACUAUCAUUGCCUUGGUCGAAGGGAGACCACAGUUUUUAUCUGGGCUUUGAUUUGGGGACAACAGCAUUUUAAUAACUAGGGCAUUUUAGGAGAAGCUAGUGGCCAGGAAAGAUAUUCUUAAAAUCAGUAUGAACUUAAUUUUUUCACUUCUGCCCUCUCAAAGUUUACCUUAGACCCAAUGUGUGGUGGAAAUUCACCCUCCAAGCAUCUGCUUUUCUCCAGUUUGGAAUGUUUUCCUCCAGAGCAGCCUUGUUUUUGAAAUGAUUUGCAGGCGGCCGGAGGAGGCUGCGAGAGGAAGUCUGACCCGCCAAGCCCAUCUGGAAGUGGUUUCAGGGGCCACAUCACUCAGCCAGCACAACGCCUAGAUUCCCAGCUGCCUGGAACAGGGGUGGAAGAAACCCGAGCUGCUCCAGAGUCUGCACAAGCAAGGGAGGUGCAGUGGGGGAGGAAGACUGUCUUGGAAACGGAAUAUUGGCCUUGAGGCUCUCCGGCCCUUUGAGAUUUCCAGUGGGAUCGUAGAAGCAGCUGAAGCAGCGUGAAGGGCAGCAUCCCAGGGCCAGCCACCAUUUGAAUGCUCUGCCCUGCAGCUCUUCUGGACGAAGGAGCCCUGCCCUCACCACCCACCAGGUCACAGUUUUUAUCCACAUGAACACACAUGGCUUUGUUACGAAAAAUUAACCAAGUGUUGCUGUUCCUUUUGAUUGUGACCAUCUGUGGGAUUCUGUAUAAGAAAGUUCAUAGGGGGACUGUGCUCAGGAACGAAACAGAUGAUGACUCUGAGACUCCUGAGGAUAUGGAAGAUGAGAUUCCGGUGGUGAUUUGUGCAGCAGCAGGGAGGAUGGGUGCGGCUAUGGCUGCCAUCAACAGCAUCUACAGCAACACUGAUGCCAACAUUUUGUUCUAUGUAGUGGGACUCCGGAACACUCUGUCCAGAAUACGAAAAUGGAUCGAACAUUCUAAACUGAGAGAAAUAAACUUUAAAAUCGUGGAAUUCAACCCUAUGGUCCUCAAAGGAAAGAUCAGACCAGACUCCGCGAGGCCUGAACUGCUCCAGCCUCUGAACUUUGUUCGAUUUUAUCUCCCUCUGCUUAUCCAUCAACACGAGAAAGUCAUCUAUUUGGAUGAUGAUGUAAUCGUACAAGGGGACAUCCAAGAGCUGUACGACACCACCUUGGCCCUGGGCCACGCGGCAGCUUUCUCAGAUGACUGCGAUUUGCCCUCCUCCCAGGACAUACACAGACUUGUGGGGCUGCAGAACACGUAUAUGGGCUAUCUGGACUACCGGAAGAAGACGAUAAAAGACCUUGGCAUCAGCCCCAGCACUUGCUCUUUCAAUCCUGGUGUGAUUGUUGCCAACAUGACGGAAUGGAAGCACCAGCGUAUCACCAAACAAUUGGAGAAAUGGAUGCAAAAAAAUGUAGAGGAAAAUCUCUACAGCAGCUCCCUGGGAGGAGGGGUGGCCACCUCCCCAAUGCUGAUUGUGUUUCACGGGAAAUACUCCACCAUCAACCCCCUGUGGCACAUAAGGCACCUGGGCUGGAAUCCAGAUACCAGAUAUUCGGAGCAUUUUCUUCAGGAAGCAAAACUACUCCACUGGAAUGGAAGACAUAAACCUUGGGACUUCCCUAGUGUUCACAACGACUUAUGGGAGAGCUGGUUUGUUCCUGACCCUGCAGGGAUAUUUAAACUCCAUCAUCCCAACAGCUGAUAUAACACGACAUUUUAAAUAUUUCCUGUAUAAAUAAUGUGGAAUUGUCCGUUUGUAGCCUACUAUACCACCGUUCUUUAUGAACAGUACCUUUGAUACAAAUGAUCCACAAAAACAAAAAACCCUGCUGUGUACAAAUAGUACCUUGAAUCAUAUAGGUAUUGAUUUACUUCCUUAAGUAUAAGUGGCAAUUAUAGAAGAUAAUGGGAGUGAAACAUGCUAUUGGGAAGAAAUAAACCCAGAUAGAUUUCAGCAAUCAAUUUGCUUAACUCUGAAUGAAAAUUAUAGCCACAAAUUUAAAACAUUUCUAAGUAUAUUUUUCACAUGUAGAUUUUUUUUUUUUUUUUAAUUUUUCCGAACGCACAGGCUCAGCGGCCAUGGCUCAUGGGCCCAGCCGCUCUGCAGCAUGUGGGAUCUUCCCGGACCGGGGCACGAACCCGUGUCCCCUGCAUUGGCAGGCGGACUCUCAACCACUGCGCCACCAGGGAAGCCCUCACAUGUAGAUAUUCUUUAACAGGUUGUCAGUCUUGUCUUGGGUAGAACAAUAUAUUACAUUUAAAACAUGAAAUGUCUAAAAAAAAUAAAAUAUUCAUAGAUUUUUAAUGAUUUUAAUUAUAUAUUAUUCUACAUGUUAAAUAUAGUAGAAGACAAACUGAUCUCAGGUUAACGAGGGGAAAGAAUACCAGUAAGUCUUGCUAAAGAAGACAAUGCAACUUAAGGAUAAUCAUCUUCAAUAUUUUUUAUUGUAAAAACCAUCAGAUUUUCAAAUGAAUUUAAAAACUUUUUAAAUAUUAUUUAAUGAAAAAGUCUCAUAUUGUUGUAUAUAGGGUAUAUCAACAUUUACUGUUCAUCUGUCAUAUUUAAUGAAAAACACCAUUAUGGUAUGCUUGAAAAAAAUUUUCAAACCCAUUCUCUAGUGCGUGUCCAUCAUAAUUUAAAAGGUAUUUUCUCCACUAAAAAAAAAAAAUCUAUGUAAGGCUGUAAUUGUUAAAAACCAAAGCAAUACCUAGUUACAUGCUUUACAGAGUCCCAGGAAAAAAAUAAUUCA